GCCGAGCGGCUACGCUGACGCACGCCGGCGCCCUUCCGUCUCUCUCCCAACUCGGGUUUGACCUACAGCUGCCCGGGAGAAGAUGGCCUCCCCAGCGGUGUGCGGGCUCUCCCGGCAGGUGCGAUGCUUCAGCACAUCUGUGGCCAGGCCGUUUGCCAAACUUGUUCGGCCGCCCGUUCAGGUGUAUGGCAUCGAAGGUCGCUAUGCCACUGCUCUCUACUCUGCGGCAUCUAAACAGAAUAAACUGGAACAAGUAGAAAAGGAGUUGCUGAGAGUAGCACAAAUCUUAAAGGACCCCAAAAUCGCUGCUUCGAUUAUGAAUCCCUACAUAAAGCGUUCCAUUAAAGUGAAAAGCCUGAACGAUAUGACCGCAAAAGAGAAGUUUUCUCCCCUCACGUCGAACCUGAUCAACCUGCUUGCCGAGAACGGCCGUCUGACCAGCACCCCUGCCGUCGUCUCCGCCUUCUCCACCAUGAUGAGCGUCCACCGUGGAGAGGUGCCGUGCACCGUGACCACCGCGUCCCCUUUAGAUGAAGCCACUCUUUCUGAACUGAGAACGGUCCUGAACAGCUUUCUAAGUAAAAACCAAAUACUGAAACUGGAAGUUAAGACCGACCCGUCCAUCAUGGGCGGGAUGAUCGUCCGCAUUGGGGAGAAGUACGUCGAUAUGUCGGCGAAAACGAAGAUUCAGAAGCUGAGCAAGGCUAUGCGGGAGGUAUUCUGAAAGAGUGGAUUUUUCUGUCGGUGAAAAUUCUUCAACUUGGAGCAACAAUAAAAUGCUUCCUGAAUAGAA